AUGUUGACGUUAAUCUAUAAAGAAUAUCAAAAUGUGAAAUCCCAAAGAAAAGCUCAAUUAGAAAGUAAGAAGCAAUUCAUGCUGACAUCAAUCAAUCAAGUUUCAAAUGAAUUAUUGGCUAAAAUUGAUGAAAAUGUUUCAAAGGCCUACAUAAAUCAACAUCGAUUAAAUAGUGAAUUCAAAGAGUUAGUCUCACAAUUACACAUUUAUCAGAAUCAUGUUAACCUGUGGUUGAAAAUGAUAUCGGAUAUACGGAGUACACUGAAGGAAUUAGGCGAUGUUGAAUGUUGGUCAAUGAAAAUGGAAGAAGAUGCAAUGCUGAUUGACCAUUGUUUACAAACAGUUCUUAGUCGUUACUAA